AUGGCGAAGGGUCCAGGUCUCUACUCUGACAUCGGCAAGAAAGCCAGAGAUCUUUUGUUCAUGGAUUACAACACUGACCAGAAGUUUACUCUCACUACUUAUUCACCUAAUGGAGUUGCUAUAACCACCUCAAGUACCAAAAAGGGUGAGGUUUUUGUGGCUGAUGUUAACACACAGUUGAAGCACAAGAAUGUAACUACUGAUGUCAAAAGGAAACACAGCAGCUUCUGCAUCUUCCACCAUUUCAGAAUGAUCGAGGGAGUAAACACAAAGGAAGAGGUUGCAUGGUAUGCUGGGAAACGGUUGGCAUACAUUUACAAGGCCAAGGUUAAAAGGGAUGGUAGCCACUAUAGGUGUAUCUGGGGAAAGGUUACUAGACCUAAUGGUAACAGUGGGGUAGUCCGUGCAAAGUUCACUUCAAAUUUGCCACCAAAAUCCACUACUACUGUUACGGAGAAAAGAGAAGACGAAGCAACAAGAAAACCAUGCAGCAGAGAACCAACAACGACGACUCACAAGUGGAAUCGAUCUCCAUCAAGAAAGCGUCCUGUCAUAGCUGAUGCAAAUGUCAGCGGUGGAAAUGAGAGAAGUAUUAAAUCACCGGCUAGAAGACCGUCCCCGUCGCCAGAGAAGAAAAUGAAGAACGGGUCAAGGUUAGUUCGUGGAAGAGAAUCCGGUUCCGUUGCAAACCGUAAAGUCAAUGCAGGUCCAACCGGUGUUCGCCGUGACUCCGGUGAGGGUUCCGGCAGGAGGUCGAGGUCUCCUUCGUGUUCUCGUACAGUUGGAGUGUCGAGUAAAAUAGGUGUCGGAGUUGGUCGGAAACAAGCUCCGGCGAAGAAGAGUGAGAGUGAAGAGGUUGGAGAGAUAAACGACAUCGUUUGUAAUGUAACGGAGAAGAAGAGUGAGAGUGAAGAAGGUGAAGAGAAAAACGACAUCGUUUCGCAGGUAGAGUCAAUUGAAAACCCUCAUGUUUCGAUGGAGUGUUUUAUUUUUCUAUAG